CACACGGAAGCGGAAAUGGAGCCUCCGACAGCGGAGGAGCUGCGGGAGCGGCUGCGGGAGAAGCUCCAGGCGGAGCACGUGGAGGUGCAGGAGAACCCCCAGCUCUGCCCGGGCAGUUUUCGCCUUUUCGUCGUUUCCGGAAUUUUCCGCGGCCUCAAAACGCUGCAGAGGCACCGGCUCGUUAACGAGGCGCUGGGGGAGGCGCUGGGGCGGAUCCACGCGCUGGAGCAGAAAACGCUGACGCCGGAGCAGUGGGAGGAGCAGCGGCGCGCCUCAUUAGCAUAAAUAUGCAUAGCUAAUUAGGCGUUAAUUGGCUCCGAUUGGCCGAAAAUGGAGGGGGAGGAUGGGGGGGGGUGUCUCAUUUGCAUGAAUUUGCAUAAUUAUAACAAAGGUCGUGUGUGAUGA